AACCCAAUUCAUAGAACAAUCAAACUCAACUACUACAGUUCUUUCUAAGUAUCCAAUUCUUCCUACAAAAAGAAAAAAUGAAGAGUUUUCUUUUAGUCUUUGUUUUUAUCUUCCCUGUUAUUAAUGCUGCAAUUCCAAGCAUUUUUGGCAGCAACUUGAUAGAGAAAACCUGCAGAAAGACGCCCUAUUAUCAACUUUGCAUUUCGACGCUUGUAUCCAACCCUCACAGCUUUGAUGCUGACAUUGAAGGUCUAGCUAAGAUCAUGGUUCAUACCAUUGAUGCGAAAGCGACUCACACCCUUAACAGAAUCAAUGAACUACUUGAACAAAGUCAAAGAGGCAGCAGAAGCCAUGACCAGAAGGAGCAACAAGAACUAAGAGAUUGUGCUGAUCGUUACAAUGAGAUUCUGAAAGGAGAUGUGCCUCAGGCUAUGCAAGCUUUGCACAAAGGCAAUUUCAGGUCUGCCAAAGAAAGAACCUUUGAUGCUGCUGCAGAGGCCAUCUCCUGUGAAGAAGAAUUCUCUGGACAGUCUCCACUUUCUGAUAUGAAUAUGAAGGUGCAUGAUAUCUCGGUUGUUGCUGCAUCCAUUCUUAAGCAAAUCCACAGAAACAGAGACUUCUAAACACCCUUUCUGCUUCUUUCUUUUCUUUUCUUUUCUUUUUUUUUCCUUAGAAAGGAAAUCGGGCAAUAAUGUUACUUUGCUUUGCUUAGCAAGUUUUUGAGAGUUGUAGUUUAAUGUUUGAUAGAAUAAAUCCCAUUGUUAGUUGAUUA